AUGCAGCCCAGCGACUUUACAUUUGACCUCGACAACGUUACCAACGAAAGGCUGAUGCUUGGUGCUGGCCGAUUCGGAGAGGUGUUUGCUGGCCACCUCAUGAACGGCGAGCCUGUGGCCAUCAAGUGUGUGCAAGUUCCCUUUGCAGGCGCCCCGCUGCAGCUGGCAUCCGAGGAGAGUCUGGCAGAGGAGGCACGCAUCCUCAAGCACUGCCGGUCGGCGUAUGUGGUGUCCUUUGUGGGCAUGGCUGUCGACUCCGGUGCUGGGGAGCUGUACCUCCUCACACAACGCAUGGCUGGCGGCAACCUCUUUAGCAUCAUCCGAAGGCAACGCAUCACCUGGAACGACGGUGGCUGGGAGAUUGCACUCAACAUCGCGCAAGGCCUCGUAUACCUGGCAUCCAAACGCAUCGUGCACAAUGACCUGAAGAGCUCCAACGUGCUGCUGGACGGCGAGGGGCGGGCCAAGAUCAGUGACGUGGGCCUGGCCAAAAUGUUAACCCCCGAGGAGUGCCCCGAGGAGAUUGCUGACCUGCUGGACCACUGCUGGGAGCGCCACCCGGAGGAAAGACCCACUGCGGCGCAGGUGGUCUCCAUUAUAUCCUCCAUCCAUGGUGGGCACUGA